GGAAUCAUUCCUUCCCAUUUCCCUUAACUCACCAAUCACCAUUUAAGAACUAGCAAAGUCGUUGGGAAUACGGUCUGCCUUAGUGAGAACAAAGAACCGAAUAUCCUUGAGAAUGCUUUUACUUCAACGUGUCUUCCAGGUUUUCCACCCACCCCCAGCACCUCCCUCACUCGUCACGCUUAGCAUAUGCUCACAAAUAUUCUAAUUCUGCUUUUUUCACUAAUAAAACCCUCUCUUAUCUUCCUUUCUUCUUGCCUUACUAUCAGAUCUUGUUUCCAUGCUUUUUAUUUCUGUGUUUAAGAGUUUGAGUAAAUUCAAGUCAUGAAAUUCGGGAAGAGACUGAAACAUCAAAUUCAGGAGACUUUGCCGGAGUGGCAAGACAAGUUCCUGGCUUACAAGGAUUUAAAGAAACUUGUCCGGCUUAUCUCAUCUGCGCCUUUGCCGUCCGAGGGAUCGCGGGAGUAUAGGAAGGCUGAAUUGGGUUUUAUCUAUUUGUUGAAUGCUGAGAUCGAUAAGUUUAAUUCCUUCUUCAUUGAACAAGAAGAGGACUUCAUAAUCCGCCAUAAGGAGUUACAACAGAGGAUCCAGAAGGUGAUUGCUACAUGGGGACCAAAUGGUACCCAGCCUUCAGAGGUGGAUUAUAAAGAAGAGAUGGGAAAAACCAGAAAAGAUAUUGUCAAUUUCCAUGGUGAAAUGGUGCUUUUGGAGAACUACAGCAACAUCAAUUACACAGGAUUGGCUAAGAUCCUAAAGAAGUAUGACAAGAGGACUGGAGGUUUGCUGCGCUUGCCCUUCAUCCAGAAGGUGUUGAGCCAACCUUUCUUUACGACCGAUCUUGUUUCAAAGCUUGUUAAGGAGUGUGAGAACACCAUAGAUGAUGUGUUCCCUGCUGAAGAGGAAGGAGAGAUAAGAGCGCAAAGAGGAGAAAGAGAAGCAACAUUGGUAGCAGAACAGAGCAUUUUCAGGAAUACAGUUGCUGCUUUAGUGACUAUGCAAGAGAUGAGAAGAGGAAGCUCUACUUACAGCGAGUUUUCUCUUCCUCCUCUCAACUUGACUGACUCUGAUCUCAUUCAGUCCUUGCAAGUUCAGUCUCCUAUUCCCAUUCCCUAAUCGAGGAGGUAUCAAACU